AUGGCUCAAUUGGCAGAUGCAGUCGAUAAAUUACAAAGUAUAAUUGAAGGGAAAGUGGAAUCAGAGGAAGAGAGUGCAUUGGUGGCCGUUAUAUUGACUGGAAGUGGAAACAAGUCUUUUUGCUAUGUUUGGUCUUAUAAGAUGUGGUUGUUUUACGAGUUUACUCACAUAUCGACAACGCCUUUUCCUCUUCCGCAUUCUCGCCUACUACAAACGAAUUCUCUAAACCUCCUUCAAUCACACAUGAUGACUAUAGCCGGAUUAGACUUGAACAUAGCAAAAGAUCACAUAAACGAUUCAACAAGUGCCGCAAAAAUGGGUAGCGUCAUGCAAGACACUCUGCUACGGUUCUUUCGGCUUCCUUUAGUAUCAGUAGCAGCUAUUGAAGGUUACGCACUUGGCGGUGGAGCGGAAUUGACGACCAGUUGUGACUAUCGAAUCUUGUCGCACUCGGCUGUAGUGCGGUUUGUGGCGACCUCGACUGUGUGGGGCGGAGGAGCAAGACUGGCUGGAAUUGUCGGUCGUGCAAAGGCCCUAAAGCUUUUAGCCACAAGCGGCGAAAUCGCCGGCCAGUCGGCCCUCGACAUGGGUUUUGCCAACACACUCUCUGAAUCCGGCGAAUCCGUCUCGAAAUCCGUCGAAUUCCUCGAUCCUUUCGUUUACUUCCAAGGACCGAUGGAAGGAGAACAUGGUUCCGUAAGGAAGAGGAAUUCGGUGAAAGCCGUGAGAAGUAUGAAAAGUUUGAUCGCGUCAGCAUCGAUGGAUCCGUUGGGGGUCGUAAAGCAAGUCGAAUUCGACCUGUUUUGUGGGCUUUGGGGAAGCGGUGAGAAUAAAGAAAUUUUGGAAGAAUAUAAGCGGCGGAGGGUCAAGGAAUAA